CCGGCCCGGAAUCCAUCCGGCCGCGGAGCCGGAGCGGCCAGGCCGCCGUCUGCCACCGCCGGCCGUCCGGGUCCAGGGUCCGGUGGGAGGGGUCCGUCCUCGGUGCGUCCGUCCGUCUGUCGGUCCGUCCGUCCGUCCGUCCGUCCAGGACAGAAUACGGACACCCGGAGCGGUGGAGGGACCGCCACAGUCAUGAUAAGCCCAGCGAGGAUCUGAAGACAGUGGCUCUGCAGAUGAAGACGCUGAGGCCCAGAGAGGGGGAGCGGCCUGUCUAGGGACAGACACAUAAGUCGCCAACCCUACAACUGGUGUCUGCGCCAACCCCCGCCCCGGGCUGCUCCUCAGUGUUCGUGCCCAGCCCCUGGGCUGCUCCCCAGAGUGGUUGGGGCAGCCCUGCCAUCCACCAGGUGAGCAGCGAGCACCAUGGGCAGCAGCAAGAGCAAGCCCAAGGAUGCCAGCCAAAGGCGCCGCAGUCUGGAGCCAGUGGAGAACGCACUGGGCAGCACUUUCCCCGCCUCGCAGACGCCCAGCAAGCCGGCCUCCGCCGACGGCCACCGUGGCCCCAGCGCUGCUUUUGUGCCCACGGCGGGCGCCGAGCCCAAGCUCUUUGGGGGCUUCAACUCGUCGGACACGGUCACCUCCCCGCAGAGGGCGGGGCCUCUGGCUGGGGGAGUGACGACCUUCGUGGCCCUCUAUGACUAUGAGUCAAGGACAGAGACGGACCUGUCCUUCAAGAAAGGCGAGCGGCUGCAGAUAGUCAAUAACACGAGGAAAGUGGACGUCAGAGAGGGAGACUGGUGGCUGGCCCACUCGCUCAGCACGGGACAGACGGGCUACAUCCCCAGCAACUACGUGGCGCCUUCCGACUCCAUCCAGGCCGAGGAGUGGUACUUCGGCAAGAUCACCAGGCGGGAGUCAGAGCGGUUACUACUCAACACGGAGAACCCGCGAGGCACCUUCCUGGUGAGGGAAAGUGAGACCACGAAAGGCGCCUACUGCCUGUCCGUGUCCGACUUCGACAACGCCAAGGGCCUCAACGUGAAGCAUUACAAGAUCCGCAAGCUGGACAGCGGGGGAUUCUACAUCACCUCGCGCACCCAGUUCAACAGCCUGCAGCAGCUCGUGGCCUACUAUUCCAAGCACGCCGACGGCCUGUGCCAUCGUCUCACCACCGUGUGCCCCACGUCCAAGCCGCAGACCCAAGGGCUGGCUAAAGAUGCCUGGGAGAUCCCCCGGGAGUCCCUGCGCCUGGAAGUCAAGCUGGGCCAGGGCUGCUUUGGAGAGGUGUGGAUGGGGACCUGGAACGGCACCACCAGAGUGGCCAUCAAAACCCUAAAGCCAGGCACCAUGUCUCCAGAGGCCUUCCUCCAGGAGGCCCAGGUCAUGAAGAAACUGAGGCACGAGAAGCUGGUGCAGCUGUAUGCCGUAGUCUCGGAGGAGCCCAUCUACAUUGUUACCGAGUACAUGAGCAAGGGGAGCCUGCUGGACUUUCUCAAGGGGGAAACGGGCAAGUACCUGCGACUUCCACAGCUGGUGGACAUGGCUGCUCAGAUCGCCUCGGGCAUGGCGUACGUGGAGCGGAUGAACUACGUGCACCGAGACCUCCGCGCCGCCAACAUCCUCGUGAGCGAGAACCUGGUGUGCAAAGUGGCCGACUUUGGGCUGGCGCGGCUCAUCGAGGACAACGAGUACACGGCCCGGCAAGGGGCCAAGUUCCCCAUCAAGUGGACGGCUCCCGAAGCCGCCCUCUACGGCCGCUUCACCAUCAAGUCGGACGUGUGGUCCUUUGGGAUCCUGUUGACGGAGCUCACCACCAAGGGACGAGUGCCCUACCCUGGGAUGGUGAACCGCGAGGUGCUGGACCAAGUGGAACGGGGCUACAGGAUGCCCUGUCCACCCGAGUGCCCCGAGUCCCUGCACGAUCUCAUGUGCCAGUGCUGGAGGAAGGAGCCAGAGGAGCGGCCCACCUUCGAGUACCUGCAGGCCUUCCUGGAGGACUACUUCACGUCCACCGAGCCUCAGUACCAGCCCGGGGAGAACCUAUAGGAGCCGAGGACCGCUGGACUGGGCUCAUCUGCCGGGCUCCCGGGCAGGCGCCUGCUACUGUUCCAACUCCCUCUGGGUCUGAGCCGCCUGGACCCUGGACGCUGCCCCUUUGUUACUGGGGCAUGGACCUGGGGCAGCCCAGGAGGAUGGCUCCAGGUUGGCCCAGUGCCUGUCCUGACCACGUGCCUGCUCCCUGCCUUCCCUCGGGAGCCCACCCAUCUCGGAAGCAGGCAGUGGGUUCAGGGCGUGACUAGGGUUUGGUUUUCCAGCCUCAACACUCCACGCACCUGGUUCCUUUCUCACCUCCUACAUCCUGGGUCUGUCUUAAGAGCUGGCCAAAGAGCCUUUCCAAAGAGGAGCGAGGCCCAGUCCUCCCUGGCAUCCUCCAGGUGGAACACUGGGUCCAGAGUCCUCUACCAUUGCGCCCAGGCUGGGCAGACUGAGGCUCAGUGUGACUUUGCGUGGGGUUGGGGUGAGUACCCCACUAGCCCUGACCUUCUGUCUGGGACCCUCGGGAUCAUUGGUCCAUUGUCCUCAUUUCACCGUCGGGGAAACUGAAUCCAGAGAGGGUAUACGUAUAUAUGACUUGCCCAAGGCCACAGAGUGGUUCAGGAUGGAGGUGGGUUUGGCACCUGGUGCUCCCUCUGUCUUCCUCAGGAACCAACGAGAAUUGUUCUCAGACACCAUGGUCAGACCCGGGCAGCCACAGCAAGAGGGGCCCUGAGAACGGGCUUGGGGUGGCAGAGCCCAGUUACCAAUACGGCUUGGGAGGAGAGAGGAGGCAGGAGUGGCACUGAGCCAGGAAGGGUGUGUGUGUGUGUGGAAGAUGAUGGUGCGUGGACUGGGGGUGGCUUCAGUCAGAAUGUGGUUGACUUUUGAGCCAGCCAUGAUGGAGGGAGCUGCCGGGUUGCAGAGGCAGUCACGCAGAAGCUAAGAAGCCGACGGGCCCCUCUCCUCCCCAUUUGUCCGGAGCAUUUCAAUGCCUGUCCCCGCUCUCCUGGGCAUGCAGGCGCCCUUAGCUCGUGCGUAGGGAGGGGAGUGCCUUGGCCAGGGUUCGAGAGAGCAAGAGCCCUGAGUUGUGCAUCAACGCUGACUGUGUGACCGUGGGUGGCCCCGCGCCCUCUCUGAGCGGCAGUCUCUGGCAAGGUUUAGCUUGUCCAGAUGUGUGGCUGGGUAUCCGAGGGGGAGCCCAGUCUUAGGGUAGUGGGUGACUGCUCUGGCCCUGCUGCCCAGCCUUAGGGUAUGUAGUGGUUUCUUUCUGCCUCAGUGUGCCCAUCUAUAACAUGGGCAGCUGAUUUGUGGCAUCUUGCCAAGGGCCCUUGUGUGUAUGUUGUAUGUACCUGUGCCUGUGUGUCUCCCUAUGUGUCCAUAUUUAACAUGUAAAAACGCCCCUCCUCUGUCCCCAGCCACGAACAUUUCACCCACUGCCCCUUCACAGCAAUAAUGUCUCCACUGCCAGCGCUUCUUGAGCCAGCAGCCAGGCCCGGGUAGGGGUGGGGGAGGAGGCCACGCGGGGCCUGCCCGGACAUUCCCACUUUUCCUUUUGGUACACAUCUCUUACCCAAGUCUCCUUUGGUCCAUCUGGGCAAGCCUGGGCUUGCCGCCUCACAUGCUCCCCUGUCCCCCUCCAGCUGCCUGUGGCCCUUUGUAUAAGGUGUCCUCAACUGUCCCUAUUUUUUUUUUAAACAGUGUUUUGUAGAUUUCAGAUAACUAUGCAGAGGCCUGGGGGACCUCAAGCUCUGAGCAGGGCCUGGGGGCCCCACAUUUCAUGGCCCAGGCUUGAGGGAGGGGAACCCACAAUUGGUUGUAUAUACUUUGCAUAUUGUCUGAUUAAACACAAACAGGCCUCA